AUGGCUAAACACCGGCUGGACCUUCUGGGAAAGCGACUAAAGAAAGAUCCAACUCUGCAGCAAAGGUAUGUAGAAAGUAUCUGUGACACACUGCAGAAAGGAUAUGCUGAGGAAGUUGUUGACAUUAAUAGAAAUGAUGGACAUGUAUGGUAUUUGCCACAUCAUCCAGUGUUACAUCCACGUAAGCCAGGAAAAGUACGAAUUGUCUUCGACUGUGCAGCACGGUAUCAAGGUACUUCAUUAAACGAUCGUGUUCACCAAGGCCCAGACCUUACAAACAAGUUGCUGUCAGUACUUCUCAAAUUCAGACAAGAACCCAUCGCUUUAAAUGCAGAUAUUGAGAGCAUGUUUUAUCAGGAUGUGGAAAGGGAUUGUUUCACAUUUGAUGUCAAGGCAGUAGACAAACCUGCUACAAAGAGAGGAAUAUUAAGCACUACAAGUUCCAUCUACGAUCCGUUAGGAUUUGUAAGUCCAUUCAUUCUCAAAGCAAAAGCAAUCUUUCAAGAGUUGUGUCGCACAAAAGUUGACUGGGAUGAAAAGAUUCCAGUAGAGAUAGCUGAACAGUGGCACAGAUGGCUAAAUGACCUGCCUAUGUUGUCUGCACUGACAAUUCCAAGAUGUCUUAAGCCAACAACUGCUAGUUGCUCAUCAGUGACCCAACUCCAUCACUUCUCUGAUGCGUCAGAACUGGCGUAUGGUGCCGUUUCAUACAUCAGGAUUGACAACGUCUGCAAGCUUGUAAUGUCAAAGUCAAGGUUGGCACCUAUCAAACCAGUUAGCAUACCAAGAUUAGAGUUACUAGCAGCAGUUGUUGCGACAGAGCUGGACCAACACAUAAAGUGUCACUUGGAAAUUCCAAUCGCUAAGACAUUCUUCUGGACUGACAGUACUAUUGUACUACAGUACAUUAACAACAAAGAUAGUCGUUUUCAGACUUUCAUCGCCAACCAUAUCGCAAAAAUACAUAAGCGCUCGAAUCCAAGCCAGUGGAGACACAUUGAUUCUGCUUCUAACCCGGCAGAUGAUGUGUCACGCGGAAUGACCAUGCAAGAGAUGUUGUCAAGUGUAAGAUGGAUAUCUGGUCCGCAUUUUCUUCAACUGGAAGAGGAACAUUGGCCCGUUCAACCUGUCAUAAAUGAUCUACCUGAGGAAGCAGAGAUUAAGAAAACAAAGGAAGUCUCUGCAGUUAGCACAAACCCAAAUCAGGCAGAGAAAGGUGCAAUGGACAGAUUACUGGAACGGUAUUCCAGUUGGCAUCGACUGAAAAGGGCUGCUGCUAUCUUGUUACGCGUCAAGGCUUUGUUAAGCAAAAAACCAAGUCUGCAUCUUUCCAACCCUUUUGUGUACAGACUUCAUCUUUUGGAUUAACUCGAGCAAAACCCAACUGUCUUCUCAAGUUAAAACCCUUUCAGGAUGAGAAUGACCAGCUUCUUCGUGUGGGAGGCAGGCUAACAAAUGCUCCAAUUCCUUUUGAGGCUAAACACCCAAUAAUCCUACCUAACAACCAUCACGUCACCCAUCUAAUAAUCAGUCACUUUCAUCUUCGUUUAGGCCAUGCUGGAUCGGAACGAGUACUCUCAGAAAUUCGUCAGCGUUUCUGGAUUCUUAAGGGACGUGCCAGGAUUAACCAAGCUCUAAAGUCAUGUCUACAAUGUCGCAAGCUGAAGGCUAAGCCACAAAACCAACAAAUGGCUGAUUUACCUGAUUUAAGAGUAACGCCUUGCGAGCCUCCAUUCACUCGUGUGGGCAUAGACUAUUUCGGGCCGUUCUUGGUCAAGAAAGCUCGCAGUGAGAUUAAAAGGUAUGGAUGUUUGUUUACAUGUCUCACUACGAGGGCCAUUCAUUUGGAGAUUGCACACACUCUUAAUACUGACCCAUUCAUUAACGCCUUGCAGCGGUUCAUUGCAAGAAGAGGACCACCCUCUGAGAUAAGAUCAGACAAUGGAACAAAUUUUGUGGGUGGACUUCGAGAGUUGCGAAAGGCUAUCAGUGAGUGGAAUCAGAGAAAGAUUUCUGAUUAUCUGUUGCAAAACAAUGUAAAAUGGAUCUUCAACCCACCUGCCGCCUCUCACAUGGGAGGUGUUUGGGAGCGACAGAUUCGCACCAUUCGCUCCAUAUUAAACACCGUCCUGUCACAGCAGGCGCCAGACGACGAGGGUUUGACAACGCUGUUUUGUUGUGUAGAGUCUAUUGUCAAUGGUAGACCUAUCACUAAGCUUUCAGAUAACCCAUCAGAUCCUCUACCACUGACACCAAAUCAUUUGUUGUUAUUGCGUUCUGGUUCAACUUUACCACCAGGAGCCUUUGUGAAACAAGAUCUUUACCGACGCAGAUAGCGUCAGGUACAAUAUUUAUCAGACAUUUUCUGGUCCAGAUGGCUCAAAGAAUACUUGCCUGCGCUGCAGCAACGCCAAAAAUGGCUGCAACCAAAAAGAAAUCUGCAAAUAGGAGAUCUUGUGCUUGUACUACAUGAAAACACACCGUGCAAUCAUUGGCCACUGGGUCUCAUUACUCAAGUCUAUCCGGGUGCGGAUGGUCUUGUGCGUACUGUGUAAGUAAAAACACAAGCAGGAAUCUAUAAACGUCCUGUGGACAAAAUUUGCCUUCUGGAAGCCAGUCUUGUCAGUUAAAUCAGUUUAAUUUGAGUUUUUCUAAGAGACAUCACCCUUUGUUGUUUGAAUGACCUGUUUGGGUCAUUGGGGCCGGGAUGUUGGGUGCUUCCCCUUUAAGAACAGUGAGCUCAUGUGAUGACACGCGUAGAGCGUAGGUUCAGAGGGUAGAGAAAAACAAGUUAAACAUGUGCCAUGUUGUACUCGUGUUACUCGUGUUAAAAGGCUGUUUAAUUACAGAUGUGUUUAAGAUUAAGCGUAAACUAACUAUUCCCAGCGUGGUAAGAAAUACAUUUGCUUGUUAUAUGUGUUUAAAAGGUUUGUUUAUCAAUGAUUUAUAUCGCUAUUUGCGAUUAGCGCCUUAGCGUCUAAACGCCUAAAGUUACAGUGCAUGUGUAUGCUUAAAAGUUUUAAAUACAUCGUUUAAUACUCUUGAAUGUAUGUUUGCUUAACCAUUAAGUUUAAAUAAGUGUAUAUAAUACAGAGACUACUUCUAAAGUAAACGAUUCAUGUUGUUUACUUUUAAUACGAUUAAUACGAUGACUUUCCAUGUUUAAAGAUGCUAUAUUGUGUCAGUAUGCUAUGUUGACCUACAUAUCGUACAUAUAAGAAUUGAGUAGUUAAGCUGCAAAUGUAUUGCAACAAAAUGCAAUGUUUAAUUGUAUGAGUGUUUAAGUGAAUUUAAUUGAUUUAAAUGAUUCAAUUUAUCUUUUCUCUCUAAACUAUCUUUUAUUUAAAGUCUUUAUUGAGUUUGUAAUUCAUAUGCCAUUGAAAAUUGUGAAUAUGGUUAUUUGGCAAUAUAGUAAUAUGCAUAUUGAGUAUGCUGUCUUUAAAAAAGGGAACUUUGCUAAUUUGUAUAUAUUUUGAUUUGUUUUACAGUUUGACCACUAAAUGCAUGUUUAUGUCAACUAACCUAACAACUACUUCACAACUACAAACCUGAUCUUAAACUGCAUUGUGUGUUCUGCACAAGGGAAAUAAAAACACCAAACAACAACUAAAUUAAUGUGAUCUUUAUUGGUUACAGUAGAGCUGUUAGAAGAAGUGGAGGAAUAGCUGCUUUAUUCAAAGAUGCCUUUCAAUGCAAGCAAGUGUUACUUGGUGAUUACCAGUCUUUUGAAUAUUUGUGUAUUGUUCUAAAAGGUACACCACGCAUUCUAUUUACAAUUAUUUAUAGACCUCCCAAAUACACCUCAGCAUUUGUUAAUGAAUUCACCGAACUUUUAUCAACAAUUUCCUCUGAAUUUUAUUAUUUUGUUAUUGCUGGAGAUUUUUAUAUUCAUAUAGACAAUGCAGAAAACAAUACUGCAAUUGAACUGUUAAAUGUUUUAAACACUUUUGAUCUGACCCAGCACGUGCAAGGUCCUACGCACAAUCGGGGACACACUCUUGAUCUGAUCAUUAGCAAGGGUCUAAACAUUUCAUCCACUGUAAUCAAGGAUGAAGCGCUAUCUGACCAUUUCUGUGUUUACUUUGAUUUAUUGAUCUGUCCUGCCACUGAUGCUAGAUCUGUCUAUGUCAAAAAAAGGCUCAUUAAUGAGAACACCAGUGAGGUAUUUAUGAAUGCUAUAUCAAAGUUGCCAAACAUAUCAGCAGACUCUGUUGAUGUUCUCCUUGAAAACUUUAACAUAAAAGUUAAAGAUGCCAUUGAUGAUAUAGCUCCAGUAAAGGUCAGGGUGAUCACUGGCAGACGUAAAGCACCCAGGAGAAACACAACAGCAGUACAGCAAAUGAAAAGAACAUGCAGAAAAGCUGAACGUAUGUGGCGGAAAACAAAACUUGAAGUACAUUAUAGCAUCUAUAAGGACAGUCUUCGUGCUUUUAAUGUAGAACUAGGCACAGCUAGACAGACCUUCUUUUCAAACAUUAUAAACAACAACAUCAACAACACUCGCACUCUCUUUGCUACUGUAGAGAGACUAACAAACCCCCCAAAUCAAGUUCCUAGUGAAAUGCUCUCUGACAACAAAUGCAAUGAGUUUGCUAAGUUUUUCUCUGAGAAGAUCAGUAAUAUCAGAAUGGCGAUCAAUACGGCCUCAAAUUGUACUGUGGUCAGUCAGAUAUCAUUGCAACAACCUCAGAAAUUAGUCAUUCUCUCAGAAUUUGACAUAAUUGAUAUAAAAACCUUGGAAGAAACAGUACAACUUCUUAAAGCAUCAACUUGCAGCCUUGACAUGCUCCCCACAUCUUUUCUCAAAAAGGUACUUAACUGUUUAGAAACUGUCCUCUUAAAAAUAGUAAAUUCCUCUUUGAUCACAGGCACUUUUCCAGAGUCAUUAAAAACAGCAGUUGUUAACCCUCUCCUAAAAAAAGAGUAACCUAGACAAAACCAUUCUUAGCAACUACAGACCAAUCUCAAAUCUUCCGUUUAUAAGCAAGAUCAUUGAAAAGGUUGUUUUCAAUCAGCUGAACAAAUUCUUAAACUCAAAUGGCUAUCUGGACAAUUUUCAAUCUGGUUUCCGUCAGCAUCACAGCACAGAGACAGUGCUCAUAAAGAUAAUAAAUGAUAUUCGCUUAAACUCUGAUUCAGGUAAAAUAUCAGUGCUGGUGCUACUAGAUCUUAGUGCUGCCUUUGACACAGUAGAUCACACCAUACUCAUACAUAGACUGGAAAACUGGGUAGGGCUCUCUGGGAUGGUCCUCAAAUGGUUUAAAUCAUACCUAAAAGGGAGAUGUUACUAUGUGAACAUGGGUAACCAUAAAUCUGAGUGGACAUCCAUGACAUGUGGAGUCCCACAGGGUUCAAUUCUUGCACCGCUUCUGUUUAAUUAUGUUGGCUUGAGAAAGCCAACAUACUGUUGUUGCACUUAAACUUAUUAUUAUUCUUUUUCUUCUGAGACUAAAAUUUCUAACUCUAACUCGUCCUAGAGCUUUCAAGCUACAGCCAUCAAACUUUGGACAGACCUUCGGUCUGAUCUGACUCGAGUUGCUAUAUCUUUUCUAACUGAUGGGACCUUCCGAAUUCCUAAACGGGGCGCUGAAACACCCCAAAAUUUCCAUUGACUUAACAUUGAGACAAACUUUGACAGGUCAUAGCUGCGAGUGAGAAACUUGUAGAAACUUGUGGCUUACCACAUUAAAGGAGGCUGACAGGCUGUGUAAGAACAUACCUCACAAUGGGGUGUAAGCUGUACCCCUGGGGUGUAAGAGGCCCCCAAAAUUUCCCAUUGACUUAUAAUGGGGCAGGAAACAUGCCCAUAAAAGGGAAUAAAAGCGUCCCAGAUGGAAUAUCUUCACUUUAGAGUGUCUUAGAGACAUGGGGGUGGUCUCAUUUUACUCAAGCAUCCAAUCAGUCUCUUAGGAUCACCCCAGAGCUAUUAAGCCACGCCCCUAGCAACAAUUUUGGGUACCCUAGCAACAUCUCCCAUAGACUACCAUUAUAAAAAGCCCAGAUGGA